AUGGCUUUGUCCGGACUCAAGACGGCGAUCUGGGGACCUCCCUCACUCGAGCGGUCCCUGCUCAUCAAGCUGGACAGCACGGUCCUCAUCUACUUCUCGCUCAUCUGGUUCCUGUUCGGAAUCAACCGCGCCAGCUACAGCACUGCGUACAUAAGCGGAAUGAAGGAGGAUGUUGGGUUUCAGGGCAAGGAUUUCAACUACAUGUCCACGAUUUAUCUGGUCUGCUACGCGGUUAUGCAGAUGCCUUCGACCGCGGCUUUAACAAUCAUACGGCCGAAAUAUGUCUUCGUUUUGGCAAAUACAGUGUGGAGUGUCUUGACUCUCAUAACUUUCCGGGUGGACCAUGUGUGGCAAGUCUUCGUGCUCAACGGAUUUGAGGGAGCCUUUUCAGCUAUCGCAUACGUCGGGGCGCACUUCAUUUAUGGCUCCUGGUAUAAGCAGUCCGAACUUGGGACCCGGGCCGCCGUCUUCUGUGGCUUUGGCAACCUUGGUAAUAUGGCAGGCGGAUGGAUCCAAGCAGCCUUGCUUGGAUCGCUUAGUGGUAAAGGUUCAUUGCCUCCUUGGCGGUGGAUGUUUAUCGUAGUCUCUAUAAUGACAAUCCCCUUCGCGCUGUUUGGUUGGAUCGCCAUUCCUGAUCUGCCACACCACAAGUCAGCACGCUUCCUGACUGAAGAGGAAAAAGACUUCGCAAUUCGGCGCCUUGGAGAGUCUCGAAAGACUGCAUGGGAUCUGACAGUUUUUCGCCGCGUGCUCCUGAGCUGGCAAUUCUGGCUGCUUCCUACUGUGUUCAUGCUCUACUCUCUAUGCGUGCAGUCACUGAGCAACAACGUCAUGCAGCUCUGGAUGGCCUCGCGGGGGUAUAGUGUCAUCGAUCAAAACAACUACCCCACUGGCAAAUACGCAGUGGCUAUCGUUGCGACAUUGAUCUAUACCGCCAUCUCUGACCGCAUAAAAUCUCGCUGGGAAUGCUCCCUGGCCAUCGGUGUGACCUUCGUCAUUGGCAGUGCGAUACUCGUUGCUCACCCCGCUAAUGAUGCUGGAUAUUUCUUCGCCUUCUACCUGCUUGGUUCGACAUACGCGCCGCAGGCGCUAUGGUAUACAUGGAUGGCAGAUUUGACAGCACAAGACGUGCAGCUGAGAGCCAUAACAACUGGUUUCAUGAACUCUUUUGAUUUUGCUUUUGUGAGCUGGUGGCCCAUCGUUUUCUACCCAGUCACCGAUGCCCCGGGCUACGAGAAGGGAUUCAUCUCCAGCCUUGUAACUGGAGCAAUAACAAUUCCGAUCAUAUUGUUGAUUGCGUGGUUGGAAAAGAGAGGGAGAGCCAAGGGUGAGAUUGGGAGGGUCUUCCAAGAGGCUGAAAACGGACCGCCGUCCGACGACGAGACUACUCCAGUAAACGGAACGAAAGACAAUACUUUGUCUCAUUCACUCCCUGUUCCUCCAACAUAG